GCUGGUGGCAUGAGCGCAUCAUCUCGGAUUGAGUUUGUUGGCGACGUGUCAUCGAUUGUCAGGGCUGCGCACCAACGUCUGGAAGUGCCUGGUCCUCGAGCUUACUGCUGGAUCCUGGAGCGGCUAACUCUAAAGCCCGAACGUCCAUGGCUACCUUUGGUUGGAAGCUCUUUCUUACAAGCUGUCAAGAACAGAGAUCCAGUCUCUUGGAGAGCAAAGCGAGAGAAGGAGAUGGAGGAGGCGCUUGAGUUGUGGGAAGCUUUCAUGCUUUCCUGGCCGAGUCACUUGGCGGUGGUGUCGCAGCUUGCUUCUUUGAGCGAGAGUGCUAGGCCUAGGAUGGUUAGAGACUUGCUGGGACAUAAAGCCCCGUCUACUCUUCUUAAGAGGUACCGAGCCUUGCGGGGGUACUUUGAUUAUUUGAGCGGCUUUCGUGUUUCUUUCCCUGGAAGUGAGUCAGAUUGUUAUGGCUACCUCUGCCAUUUGCAAGACAAGGGCAAGGCUGCUUCAGCUCGCAAAGGUGUCCUCGAAGCCCUGGCGUUUGCACGCUUUGUAAUAGGUUUGGUUGAAGUGGGCAACCUCAACGAAAGCCGGAGGUGUCACGGCAAUGCUAAAGUUGUCUCGAAUCGUGAUCGCGAACAGGCCUCUGCCCUGAAAGUCUCUGAGUUGCAACGGUUGCGCCAUGCCCUUGAACACGACCCAUCUUUGUGGAACAGAGUUUUCUCAGGCUGCUCUCUCAUGUGCACGUAUGGCCGCUCCAGGUGGGAAGAUCUCAUGCGUACUGACAGGAUCCUUUGGGAUUACGAUUCCGAAGGAAAUCUUGCUUUCAUUGAGUGCUCCGUGGACAUCCACAAGACCAGAAAUGCCAAGCAGUUUAAGGGGACGCUCUUGCCUUUUGUCGCACCCGCCUUAGGGGUUGUUGAUGUGAAUUUGGGUGCCCUAUGGCUGCAGGCUAGAAAGGAUCUUGGUUUGAAGGACCCGCGAGACGGUGGGGCCAUGAUGCCGGCUCCGGACUCAGACAUGCAGAUCACUGAUCGCAGCCUUGAGAGUGACGAAGCUGGAGCUUGGCUUCGAUACGUUCUUUACGGUCUGCGACCGUUCGAGGCCGAGCAGGUUGCAGCUGCAAAUGCAGUGUAUCGGGCAUGCGUCAGAAUCCUGUUUCGCGCCUACGAGACUGGGGCCUUGAUCAGCAUCGAAAACCCAGUUCGCAGCUGGCUUUGGCCGCUAUUGGCAUGCCUUGUCAAAGCGUUUGACCAUGCCGCCUUUACUGAUUGGUUCUUCGCGCUUACAGAUUACGACUUCGAUGCUUGCGUGUUCGGAUCCCGCAGAGCAAAGGCCGCCAGUCUCCCUGCCUACAAGCGGGCCCAGCUUCUUCGUGCAGAGGUCCGCGCAUCUGCUCAGCAUCAGCAU